AUAUUGCUCGGUUAGUUUACAAUUAAACCAUAUUAAAAAAUAUUAACCAUAAAUAUAGCCAACAGGCUCAAAGAAAUAAAUGUGCAAACCAUUACUUAGCCCAACGUGGCACCCGUUGCCUAGUAACGCGCUGUCAACCUCCUUUUCCAAAACACUGAGCUUACAGUCUGUUUCCUGUGUGUGGUUACCGUGCCGAUUAUAAAUAUUAAACGCGUCCUUUUGUGCGGAAAGUACUCAGAAUGGGAAAGAAGACUAAGAAAGAAAGCGACACUCCGUGCAAGGAAACGUUUGAGCCACUACCUGUUGAGAGUAAAACCCCAGCAACAGUAGUGCUGCUGCUGAACUCCCCAGAGGAGGACAUUGUAGCAAAAGCCUGCGAAGCAAUCCACACAUAUGCAGAGAAAGGAGACGAGAACAAGGUUUCUCUGCUGGGACUUGGGGCACUGGAGCCUCUGUGCCGACUCAUUUCUCACAACAAUAAGCUUGUCAGAUGCAACGCGUUCAUGGCCCUGGGCAUCAUGGCAACCAAUGGGGAUGUAAAAAACGCUCUGAAAAAAUUAGACGCCAUCCCGUCGAUUAUAGAAAAACUGUCCCUCGAAGAAGAUACCGUUGUCCACGAGUUUGCAACACUGUGCCUGGCCUCUCUGUCAGUGGAUUUUGUCUGUAAGGUCAAGAUCUUUGACAACAAGGGUCUGCCACCUCUGAUCCAGCUCCUAUCCAGCCCAGACCCAGAUGUAAAGAAGAACUCACUAGAAAUCAUCUUCAACCUUGUUCAGGACUACCAAAGCCGUCUGGUGGUACACGAGUUAGGUGGCAUCCCUCCGCUCCUGGAGCUGCUGAUGUCAGACUUCCCUGUCAUUCAGCAUCUCACUUUAAAGACGCUGCAGAAUGUUACUCUUGACAAAGAUACGCGGAAGACUUUCAGAGAAGUGCAGGGAUUUGAGAAACUCAUGGAUAUUCUCAAUAACAAGGACUUCAGUGACCUACAUGCUGAGGCCUUAAAUGUAGUGGCUAACUGUUUGAGUGACAGCGAGAGUGUCCACCUCAUCCACAAGGAUGGAGGACUAAAAAGACUGAUGGAAUUUGUGCUCACCCCCAGCAUGCCAGAAAUCCAGUCCAACACUGUUAAAUGCAUCGCCAGGGUCGCUCAGAACUCGGAGAGUCGCAGGCUGCUCCACGAGCAGGAUGUGGAGAAGGUUCUGGUAGAGCUUCUGUCUGUGGCAGAUGUCAGUGUGAGAACGUCUACCUGCCAGGCCGUGGCCGCAAUGAGCUUUCACCUAGUCAGCAAGGACAGCUUCAGAGACUCAGGCGGUGUCCCUGCAGUGGUACAGCUACUGAGCGGUGAAACUUCAGCCCUGAAAGAGGCUGCGACCCAGGCUCUUUCUAACCUCACACAUAAAAACCAGCUCAACGCCUCAGCAGUGUAUGAGGCAGGAGGACAUGAGAUGCUCGUCCAGCAGCUUAAUGAGAGCUGUCCGAGGACGGUGGCCAGUUCUGCUGCGACACUUUGCAACAUGGCAGCACAGGAGAUCAUCCGCUGCAGCAUCCUGUCUCAUGGAGCCACGGAGGCUCUGGUGGAGCCCCUGAAGUCCACAGACACGCAGGUGCUGAUCAAUGCUACAAUGUGCCUGGCAGUGCUGGCCUGUGACGCAGAAGCCAGGGCCGAGCUACGAAGAGCUGGAGGCCUUGAGCCGCUCGUCAACUUGCUGCGCUCCCAUCAUAAGGAGGUGCUGCAUAAUGCCUGCUUGGCAGUAAAAGUCUGUGCCAGUGAUGAGUCGACCGCCGUGGAGAUGUGUAAAUUUGGAGCUCUGGAAAUACUCCAGGAAAUCAGCCAGUCCGUGAACCGUAGAAGCGGUUUCAGCGAGUUGGCCAUGAUCAGCCUGCUUAACUCCAACCUGUCUGUUAAAUAUAGUCUGACAGGUCAUCUGGCCUCUACUGACACUAUUACUCCUGGCUUCUACGAUGCCGGGAAGGCUCGUUCAGGUCAGAGGAUUCUGACUUUAGAGGAACUCUCCAAGCAGCCAGUCAACCAGCACCGGCCUGUUUUUCUCGUCAACACAGCAACAGAAGAGACAGUAGAUUUUCCAGAAGAGACAGAGAGACAAAGGAACCCAUCAGAAUCAGGCAGCAGGAGAGACCGUAGGACACCAAGGAAGGUGAAAGAGGGAGACAAACAGAAAGAAGAGCCCCAGUCUGACUCUCCAGUAGAGAAACCAUGGACCAUGAUGGCAGAUGUUCCUCUGCAGAUUCUAGUUAACGAGGCCAAAGCAUCCAUCCUCCCCCUGAAUGAUGAGAAAGAGCAGUAUGCUGCCUUGGCCAGGCUGGUGAGCGAGGCCAUGGGUGGAGCAGUGGAGAUGGAAAAGAUGCACGAAUUCCCGUGGAUGCUGCACCUCAGUGAGCUCAAGUUUCAGCUUCAGUCCAAUGUUGUUCCCAUCGGUUUGAUCCAGAAGGGAAUCUACUGCCACAGGGCUCUCCUGUACAAGUGCCUGGCUGAUUGCAUUGGAAUGAGCUGCACACUUGUUCGGGGUGAGUACAACCGAGCUUGGAACGAGGUGCUCUUCUUCAGUGGGACCAAUGAUCGGCAUUCUUCACAGCCCUGCCGCUACAUAGUAGACCUGAUGCAUCAACCUGGGAGCCUGCUGGGAGUCAACACGCCUGCUGCUCUGCAGUACCAGUCAAUAUAACACUGGAAAUGCAGAUGCUUUUUAGCAGACAUUGACUAUUGUUGUGCAUAUGCAGAACUAAAAUUUGAUGCUGGUUGUCUUACAGGGCUUCUGUAAUAAAUACAAUGAUUU